AUGGCUUAUAAUGGCGAAGCCAUAACAACUAUUUUGAAUAGUACAACUAACAGUAUUGUGUUAGACUUGUCCGAGCCUAUCGAAGUUUACAAACUCGAUAGAAAUGAAAUCGAAAAUAUCGAUCUAAAUUUAUUUACUCAAAAUCCACCCAGCACUAAUAAUAAUACUGAGAAAUCGCCUUUAGAUUUAUACAGCGAAAAUCUGCCUAACGUAAGUAAUCCACCUAACGACAACAACUCCAUGCACGUUGAACCCGACCUUGACCGUCACCAUGAACAUUACACCUACUGCAACAAAACCCUUCCAAAUCCUUCAUAUGGACACUUUUACUUUUAUGAUUUGGAUAUCGGGCGCGAGCGAGCGAUGGCGGACGACGUGCACGUAUGUGUCCGUUGCUCGGAUAAUUUUAUAGUGAAUCAAAAGUUUUUAAAAUGUAAUGGAUGCAGUGGUGUUUUUCAUUAUCAUUGUACGGGCUUAAAAGAUGCACAGUGCAAGUUUAUCGGCGAAUCUGACAGCGUUAUGUGGUUUUGUGACCAAUGUUGUGAACUGAAUCCUGGUUAUCCUGCACAAGGACUACACAACAACACAUCGGACAUUACUAACUUAAAAUGUGAGAUUUCAGUGCUAAGAAAGGAAGUAGAUUGUCUUAAUCGAGAAAAAUGUUUAUUAAAUAAAUUAUUAACCGAAAUGGAAUGUUCAACAAAAUUGUUAAAAUCUAGACUGGAAGAAUGCGAGCAAAAAAUUAUAAAUGAUAAGAAUGCCAUUGACUCAAACAUCAAUAAUAAUACUUCGAUAAAAAAGGGAAUCUCCUAUAGCAGUGCCUUGACCUCUAAGGUAAAUAAUGAAUCAGCUGUUCUUUUAAUAAAAUCCAGCAAUAAUGCUUUAAAUAGCGAUGAGGUGUUAAAGAAUGUAACUGGAUCGGUUAACCCUGCAGAUCUGAAAGUGUGUAUUAAUAACACUAAAAAAAUUAAAAACGGUAUGGCUAUUAUGUGUCAAGACUCUGGAGGCCUACAUACGUUAAGGGAUGAGUUGCAAGCAAAGUUGGGGUCAAGAUAUGUUUUCAGUGAGUCGAAAAAAUUCAAUCCACGUAUGCUUAUAAAAAAUGUACGAGUUCAAGAGCCAUGUGACGAAACCAAUAUAGUAGAUAGCAUAUAUAUGUUGAAUGAUCUAUCGGCGUUCGACAAAAGUGACUUUAAAUUAGUGACAAGGUUAAAAAACGUUAACAACUCUGAUUUGCUGGUGGAAGUUUCACCGCUCCUCAGGAAAUUUCUAUUGAGCCGAGGUUUUUUGUGGGUGUCUUGGAAGAAAUCUGCAGUUGUGGACCACCUACACAUUUUGCGAUGCUAUAAUUGUUGCCAAUUCGGUCAUACUUCUAAGAAUUGUAAAAAUACACUAGUUUGUUGGAGGUGCUCUGCCAGUCAUCAGGGAAAAGAUUGCCAGUGCAAAGAAGAAAAAUGUGUCAACUGUCAUAAUCACAAUUUAAAAUAUAAAACGUCCUGGCCGGUAAAUCAUUCAGUUAAGAGUAGUGACUGCCAUACUUAUAAUGAUUAUGUAUUGUUCUUGAAAAGUAGAAUUAUCUACGAUUGAUUUAAUAAUAUUUU